UAUCAUGUUUAAAAUCAACACAAAAAAUGUGAAAUACUAGAAUAUCACAUAUAAUUUGUGAUAAAUAUAUAUUUUUGGAAAAUGGGUUCUGGGAAUUAUUACAAAUUAAGAAGAAUUAUUCUUGAAUUUUUUCAUGGUAGUAGUAGUAGUAGUAGUGUUUGGAUGCAGAGAAAAUCCCCAGAAAGGAUGAUCGGUCGGUAUGGCUAUUCUUACCAAGGAUUGAAGCUGUUCAGCUCUACUAAUAGAGAUUGGACAACGUUUGGUACAAUGUUUAAUAAGAAUAGGAAUAAGGAGAUAAAGGUUCAUCCAGUAAUUAAGGCACCAAUCCCAGCAGCUUCUAAUUCCCAGAGUUAUUCAUUUUUCCCUUAUUGGGGGAGAUGGUUUUUGGGGUCUUUGGUAACAUUUCUUCCUUUCUCAUACGAUAAAUGGGUAAAAUUACGAGCCUUAGAAGGAAGGGCAGAGAUGGUUGUGGAAGAGGUUGAAAAUGUGGCAGAGAUGGUAGAAAAGGUGGCUUUGGUGGCUGAGAAAAUGUCAUCUGAGGUGGGAGAUGAGCUUCCAGAAAAUGGGACACUCAAGAAAACUGCUAUGCUUGUAGAACGACUAUCUCAUAAAGCUGCUCAAGAAGCUCAUCUCACCAAACAAUUCAUUCACAAGGUGGAUGAAUUGAAGGAGGACUUGGAAAAGUUAGAAACUCUGAUCGAGCCUCAUCCUCUUCUCAAACCUAAGAAUGAAUCAAAAGGCCACUAAUCCAAAGUCUCAUCACUUUCUUUCUUAUUUUUUUUUCUUUUUUUAUUUUGGUAUAUUAAUUUAUUUUAUAUGUAAAUUGUGAUACUAAUUAAAAAUUUACUGAUAUAAUUUGUCAUUCUUCAUUGAAAAAAAAUGUAAGUUUAUUCAUUUCAAUAAGUGUAGCUCAUACUAAAAACAGUUCAUAUAUAA